AUGAAAGCUGCUCCGUUGCUGAUUGCCUGGCACAACGAGAACGCCCCCAUUUAUUCAGUACAUUUCGAUCCGCAUGUCAAGGGGCGAUUUGCAACCGCUGGAAAUGAUAAUAAUGUCCGAAUCUGGAAACUCGAAAGUACCGGGGAGGAACGAAAAGUCACAUAUUUGAGCACAUUGAUAAAGCACACCCAAGCUGUGAAUGUGGUUCGAUUUUCGCCAAAGGGUGAAAUGCUCGCUUCAGCAGGAGACGACGGAAAUGUCUUGCUCUGGGUACCGUCAGAAUUAUCCAUGACACCGCUUGGAGAGGAUCAUUCGGACGAUAAGGAAACAUGGCGAGUGAAGCAUAUGUGCCGGUCCUCGGGAGCUGAAAUCUACGAUUUGGCUUGGUCACCAGAUGGUGUAUUUAUCAUUACCGGCAGUAUGGACAACGUUACUCGGAUCUACAAUGCUCAAACAGGACAAAUGGUUCGACAGAUCGCUGAACACUCACACUAUGUUCAGGGUGUGGCUUGGGAUCCGCUCAACGAGUUUGUUGCGACGCAAUCUUCUGACCGAUCCGUGCAUAUCUAUAGUUUAAAAACCAAAGACGGACAGUUCUCUUUGACCACGCACGGCAAAUUCUUGAAAAUGGAUCUUCCUGCUCGCCGAAUCCCAGCAAGCAGUCCUGCUCCGACUGACACCAAGACUCAACCCAUUACCAAUGGUUUGUCGAUUGCAUCGCCAGCACCGUCCACACCAGGUACUCCAAAAACAAUGACUUUGCCGAUGGAUCCCCCUCCAGUGUCUCAUAGUCGGCGAUCCUCCUUUGGGUCUUCUCCUUCGAUUCGCCGGUCAGCUUCACCGGCUCCGUCACUACCAUUACCUGCUGUCAAGCCAAUAGAAGUGUCGUCGCCAAGCUUAUUUGGAGGCCUGGGAGUCAGAAAUGCAAAUCUCUAUGCAAACGAAUCUUUUACAUCUUUCUUCCGUCGGUUGACGUUCACUCCUGAUGGUAGCUUGUUAUUUACGCCGGCGGGUCAGUUCAAAACGACGCAGGGAUCUACCAGCGACUCAAGCAAGACAAAUGAAGAAGUCAUCAACACAGUUUAUAUCUACACUAGGGCUGGAUUCAACAAACCACCAAUUGCACACUUGCCUGGUCACAAGAAGCCGUCAGUUGCAGUGAGAUGUUCCCCAAUAUAUUACACACUCCGCCAAGGAUCUCGGCCUACUACCCACAUUACGCUUGAUACGUCUUCUGGGGAUGACAGCUUUCCAGCGCUGCCAGAUCCUGUUGUGAGUACAAAUAUCACGAGUCAUCCGUCAAUGGAACCACCGCCACCUUCCGGUGAUCAAUCAAAACCCUUGGCAUCUCCUAAAGCCGAAAACGAGCCAUCUAGUUCCGCGUUUGCUCUGCCCUACCGUCUUGUCUACGCGGUAGCCACGCAGGACGCGGUGCUGAUAUAUGAUACACAACAGCAGACGCCAUUGUGUGUUGUGAAUAACCUUCAUUUUGCUACAUUUACAGAUUUAAGCUGGUCAUCCGACGGCUUAACGCUUAUUAUGAGUUCAUCUGAUGGAUUCUGCUCGACUCUUUCAUUUGCCCCGGGAGAGUUAGGACAAGUCUAUACACAUCCCGCUUCUUCAUCAAAUCCAGCAACACAUCACCAUACUCUGUCGACAGGUUCGUCAUCAAACAACACACCUCUACCCACACCCACAAAUACUGCGUCGCCUUCUUUGACCAGACCGACCCCAGUACCUGCUCCUGGGCCGAUCGGCUCGGGUCGCGCCGCCAGCCCUGCACGAUCAUCUUCGGCCUCUUCUAUCCAGACACUUCAAACAUCACAAUCAGGCAAUGUUGUCAACAACCCAACACCGACUCUCGGCACUGUACCACUUGUGACUGCUACCAAUUCAUUGCCUCUGACUMCCCCGCCUCAAACUCCAUUGCCAGGUGUAUCACAUAGUGCUACCAGUUCGUUCAGUAGUACUGUCCUGGGUAAGCGCGAUAUUGGAGCAGCCAGCGAAUCUGAAAAGGAAGACAGCAAGCGAGAAACUGUCGAGACUGAAAAGCCAGCAAAGAAGCGACGGAUCGCGCCUACACUGGUGUCGAAGGAUUCAGCAAGCUUUGCCAUUGAGGCUGAAAAGAAGACCGAAGUGGCACAGUCUGAGAACAUCGAGCCUGCUCUACCUGCUGACAAAGUCGAUCAAGCGGCCGCUCAAUAG